UUUCGCAGGCUAACAGUUGAUCACUGCAGGUGCAGCUUCGAACAUGUCCACUGAGGUACUUUUUCUGAUCGCCACUUUGGCGAUCGUGUUUUACGUUUGGCAGAAGCGGCGCCAUAGCUUUUGGAAACGCCGUGGAGUGAAGGAAAUCGGGCCAGUGCCCAUAUUGGGUGAUACGGUGCGGUUCCUUACCGGAAAGGUGCCAUUCUUCGAACAGAUCAGGGAGUUCCACGAGACUCCCGGCCUGGAGAAUGAGCCGAUCAUCGGAGUAUACCUGGCCUAUCGUCCUGCCCUGGUUAUACGCGAUCUGGAACUUAUAAAGACGGUGAUGAUUAAGAAAUUUAACUACUUCAAUAAUCGCAAACUGCAAACGGAUCCCCAUCACGAUGCCCUGGGCUACAACAAUCUGUUCUUCGUGCGCAGUCCAGAGUGGAAGGAACUGCGGCACAAGAUCUCGCCGGUCUUUACAUCUGGCAAGAUCAAGCAGAUGUAUCCAUUGAUGGUUAAGAUCGGCAAGAACUUGGAGGCCAAUGUCGGGCGUCAACCGAAUGAUUCCGUAGUAAAGAUCAAAAGUCUCUGUGCCCGCUUCACCACAGAUCUGAUCGCGACCAUAGCCUUUGGCCUGGAAGCCAAUGCCCUGCAGGACCCCAAAAGCGAGUUUUUCCACCAUAAUCAGGCUAUCUUUACACCCAGCUUUAGGCGUGCCAUUGACUUUUCUGUCAUAUUCAUGCUGCCAGCGCUGGCCAGUUUGGCUAGGGUGACAGUAUUCUCAAAAGCGACAUCCGAAUUUAUUCGAAAGAGCGUUAAGUAUGUUAUGGCGGAAAGAGAAAAGUCUGGACUGCGCCGCAACGAUCUCGUUGAUAUUCUGUUGGCCCUAAAACGGGAGGCGGCCGCCAGUCCCGACAAGAACAACAAGGCCAAGAACCUGGACUAUUUGAUAGCCCAGGCCGCGGUCUUCCAGACUGCCGGCUACGAGACCAGCUCCUCCACCAUGACGUUGGCACUUUACGAGCUGGCCAAGAAUGAAGAGAUCCAGAACCGUUUGCGACAGGAGAUCGAGGAAUCAUUCGGAGAGGACGAAGAUAUCAGCUACGAGCGCAUCCAGGAGAUGCCAUACCUUACCAAGGUUGUCAACGAGACCCUGCGGUUGUACCCCAUCGUGGGAUAUGCCGAACGUGAAUGUGCACAGCCCGCACAGGGCGAACGCUUCACUCUGGCCCCCCACCACGACAUGGAGCUGCCCGAUGGCACUCCCGUAUACAUCUCGGCUGUGGGCAUACAACGUGACCCCAAAUACUGGCCCGAACCAGAGAAAUUUGAUCCGGAGCGCUUCGAUGCCGCCAACAGGGAUAAGCUGAACAUGGAUGCCUAUAUGCCCUUUGGUGUGGGACCCCGCAACUGCAUAGGGAUGCGACUGGGUCUCCUGCAGUCAAAACUUGGUCUCGUCCAUUUGCUGCGCAAUCAUCGUGUGAACUGGUGCGAUGAGACGGUUAAGACGAUCGAAUUUGCUCCCAUGUGUGCUGUUCUUGCCUCCAAGAAUGAGAUUUACCUCAGAGUGGAGAGGGUUUCUGCCUAGGAUCUUGUUUGUUAUAAGCUUAUAAAUUUUUGUUUUUAUUUGAGUGUACUUUAGAAUUUAUUGGCGAGAGCUAUCAGAAGAAAUUCACCUAUGAACGCAGUCUCUGGUGAUAUUGGAGCUCAAAUGUCAUAUUUAUUGCUGUCUGGCCAUCAUGCCAUUUAUUAGCUGUUGAAUAACCUGUUUUAUGGAUUGAUGGACAGUCCAAUUAGAAUGGGAUUAGGUAAAUCAGAGAUAAAUUAAAUUAAUUAUCUCC